AUGAGAUCUAUAAGCAAUUUAUUGUCUUCCUUAGUGUCUAAGUAAAAUACACCAUUUAUUUAAAAAUUGAAUAAUAGUUCUUUGAUGCAAAAUAACUCCUCUAUUAUGAUGACGGAUAUCCUUUAUUUGAUUGAAUGCUUCGAAGGAUUCGGGCCAGAAUGCAAUGGAAUAUAUUUAACAGGAUCAGAAUACUUAUAGCAAUUUUUUAAGGCAAUCACAAACAAACCUUUAGCUGGUUAUAUAGCUACCAAGAUUACUUUAACGAUUCAUCUAAUAUUAUAUGAAUUUUAGAUUGGAGAAACAAUAGCUGAAGAAAUGAUAAGGGAAGGAUCGACGAUACAUGUGCUACAAAACCAAUAGUUUAGCAACUUUGUGAUAAAUUAUUUGAUGUAUUUGAUGAAAUUAGCAUAAAAUUUAAAAUUGUUUUAUGCCUGUAAAAUAGGCUAAUACCCUAUUUUUGAUUAAGAUUCAACAUUUACUCAAUAUUCAGAAAGUACGAGAGAGUAAUAGUUUUAACAAUUUAAUUUAUUUAAGAAAAAUAGCAAUUUCAGAGAUACCAAUUUAUAGUACAGAAAUUACUAAUAAAAGAAAUUAGAAUUGCAUAUGCAGUCAUAGACAGGUUGCAUAACGAUGGAACAAAAAAUAUUAUACCUUUUCAAAUUGCAUAAUCUGCUUAAUUCAUGCGUAUAAAUUUUGAAUUUGUGCAUAAAUUCGUUAAUACAAUUGGACAAACAGGAUGCUAAAAAUAUUUUUAUUGAAAUUAGUUGUGUUUUGUGGAAUGAUUGUAUGGUUAUGUACAAAUUUUCAACUUAGGAAUUGUGCAAACUUCUUGACUGUUUUCGAUAUAUGCCAAUGUAACAAUUGCUCUCAGUUCAGUAGAUAUACUGGGCCACAAUCAGUUCUUCCACUUAAAUCAAAUGGAUAUAUCAAAAUCGAAAAUACUUUGACUCUCAAAAUAUUGUGAAACAGCCUUUUUGGUUUGAAGAAAAUAAAUAGUUAUCAACUGAGCUUUAAAACAGCAUCAUAGACAAUAAAAUAUAAUCUAUCCCAGAAACAGCAAGGAAUGCUAAUAAACUAUCAACCCCACAAGCUUAUUAAAGUAAAAAAUCUCCGACCAACAUUCCUUAACCAUUCACUUCAAGAAUUGGAAUUUCUUAGAACACAACAAAAACAACCAUCCCAUAACAACCUUAUUUUGUUGCAAAUAAAAAAUUAUAGUAAUAAUAUCAAUAAAUUGAAGUAUAACAACCCUUAAGUACAAGGGCAAAAAAUAUAGUUGGGAACAUUUUCUCAGAUGAAGAAUUAACUAUUUCUCCAAGGGAUAGAGCUAGGAUAUAAUAAUAAUGA